UCCCGGGUGUCUCGGCGCGCGCCGACCGGCGCUCCAGGAUUGGCUGAGGAAGCGCUCGCGCAGUCGUGGAGCGUUGACGGUGAUUGGCCGUAGGGUGAGAGCCGGCUAUUUGAAGGAGGCGCGCGGACUAGAUACGCACUUCAGAUCGCGGUCGGAGGAGGCGGGAGCGGAUUUGGGCAGAGCUUCUCCGCUGACCCGACGGGACCCAGCCGCGGGCUCGGCCCCAGCUCUGGCCUCAGCCGCGACCCUACGAGGCGAUGGCUAAAGUGUCAGUAUUGAACGUGGCGGUGCUGGAGAAUCCGAGCCCUUUCCACAGCCCUUUCCGGUUCGAGAUCAGCUUUGAGUGCAAUGAGGCCCUGGCAGACGACCUGGAGUGGAAGAUCAUUUACGUUGGCUCAGCUGAGAGCGAGGAGUUUGAUCAAAUCCUAGACUCGGUACUGGUUGGCCCUGUCCCAGCAGGGAGACACAUGUUCGUCUUCCAGGCGGAUGCCCCCAACCCAUCCCUCAUCCCGGAGACCGAUGCCGUGGGAGUGACCGUGGUCCUCAUCACUUGCACCUACCAUGGACAGGAGUUCAUCCGAGUCGGCUACUAUGUCAACAAUGAGUACCUCAGCCCCGAGCUGCGCGAGAACCCGCCCCUGAAACCAGACUUCUCUCAGCUCCAGCGGAACAUCUUGGCCUCAAACCCCCGGGUAACCCGCUUCCACAUCAACUGGGACAACAACAUGGACAGGCUGGAGGCCAUAGAGAACCAGGACUCCACCCUGGGCUGCGGUCUCUCCCUCGGCUGCACCCCCAUCAAGGGCUUGGGUCUCCCCAGCUGCAUCCCGGGCCUCCUCCCUGAGAACUCCAUGGACUGCAUUUAACUGUGGGACUCCAGGCCCUAUUUGGGCCCAGCUGGGACCACGGCCAGUCUCUCCUGGCACAUCUGGAAGGGGCAGCCAGGCCUCCCAGAGAAUGUCGGGAAGGCCACGUGGAGGACUUUGGGGCCAUCAGCUAUAUCCAGGCCAAACUCGGCCCCCAGGAAGGAAGGGGCUUCUGGUCUUUCCUAGCCCUGGCCCAGAGGGUCAUCUCCCCUCUACUGCCCAGGCCUGAAAGAACCUGGUACUUCAGUUCUUAAUUCUUUCUGUCUUGUGUCCUUUCUCUCUUCUACACAUACUAUAUACUCCACCUGCGGGCCAUUGUGCCACCGUCAUCCCAGGAGUGCCACUGACCCACAACUUUUGCAACAGACCUUCCUGGCCUGCCUUGAGGCUUUCUUGGUCAGUGCCUGGCAAGGCUCUGACCCUGUUGGGCCAAAGGCUCUGCCAUUCAUUUCCCUUCGCAACCAUCUGAGCAGAGCCACCCAGCUGCCUGGAGUCCCAGGCAAGGAGUCUUGGUAGAAGAUAGACUCGGACACAAUUUCUGUCCUUUUGCAAGGAUGAUUUUUUUAAGACUUUUCAAUUCAACAGCCCUCUGGAAAACUCUGUUCCCAAAAAGGUGACCAGCAGGAUGCUGAGGUAAGAUGGUUGACUCUCCUUUGGGUCACAGCCACCUUCCUCUUGCCUCCCAUCUGAAUCGGGCUUUCCCUGGAGGCUGCCCCUUGGAGACAGUGGCAUGUUGGAGGGGUCUGCUGUUCUCAGUCUGUCUCAAUAUUGGUGUCAGGACCCCUCUGCUUCUGGCUGCCUUGAUCUGCACUCUGCCACGACCUCAUGUUCUCAGGCCACAGUGCAGACCAGGGAAACAGUAGAGACCCUGAAAACCUUCCUUCCCCUGCCAUACUCCUCACCCUCACCCCUGUUCCCUCGCUGCUACGUGGAUGCUGUUGUGAUUGCAGUUUGUGUAUUAAAGGGUUUUUAUAUUAAAUGUUUGGUUGGUCUGAAAAUAAAAAGCACUUCAUCUAGA